AUCAUCUCAAACAGUUGGUCACGCCUACGCAUCGGCAUUACGCACCAAUCUCUGCACACAGGUUGAUAAAAACUGGGGAGAUUUCACUUGUAACCUGCAGACUUCAGUUCUCUCUCUCUUCAACACACCUGUGACUCGAGAUUUGAGGAAUGGCAGAUAAGGAGCUUUUCAGAGUGAGGAAAGAGUUUGUGGAAGGGGUGACGGAUGAACUGCUUAGGCAGCUCCUGGACGACCUUUUAGGUGAUGGUGUCUUUAAUCAAGGCCAGAAAGACUGGAUACUUGAGAGGAACCCUACCACAACAAACAAGGCACGCGAUCUCAUUGACACGGUAAUGAAGAAAGGAGACAAAGCCAGUAGGAAGAUGAUCGCUCACCUUCAAAGCAGAGACCCGGAGCUUUACUCUAAACUGGGUCUGACCUGUGGUGAACCUGCUCAGCCAGCUGCAGAGCCACAGAUGAAAGCUGCAGGGCCACAGAUGAAAGCUGCAGAGUCACAGAUGAAAGCUGCAGGGCCACAGAUGAAAGCUGCAGGGCCACAGAUGAACCGGGAAUGGUCCACCGUGCUCCUCCCUACCCCCAAGGAAUUCUGGGAGAUGAAACUGAAUGAUAGCCAUGUUUACGCUGCGGCCGAAAAAUCCAUUCGGAAUCGUAAGGCCCUGCUAAUCACUAAUAUAAAGUUUACUGAUGAGACAUCAAACAGAAAUGGAGCUGAGAAGGACGAGGAGAACAUGGAGAAACUGCUCACAGGUCUGGGAUACGAGGUGUUUAAAUUCACAAACCUCACAGGAAAGCAAAUUGACGAUACUGUAAUUUGGUUCUCUAAACAUCCGAAACUCAGAGAGACAGACAGUGUGGUGGUGGUUAUCAUGUCUCACGGGAAACUGGGAACUAUCCUCGGUGUCGACUGGACAAAGGAGAAAUCUGAUGAUGUGUUCCCAAUCAAAAACCUUUACGAACACUUGGGCACAGAGAACUGCCCAGCGCUGCUGCACAAACCCAAGAUCAUCAUCAUCCAGGCCUGCAGAAAAGAGGACAAAGGACCAGUGCUUGUUAAAGAUGGUGCAGAACAAGAUGUGGCCUGUGAUGAUGCGCUACAGCCAGAUGACAUGGACGACAUUGAGGAAGAUGCUUUUCCAUUUGCCAUCAAAGAAAAAGACUUCAUGCCUCUUCUUUCCUGCACCCCUGAUACUGUCUCAUAUAGACAUACGGUUCAUGGGUCUUUUCUCAUCCAGUACAUCGUUGAUGUAUUUUUCACCUUAGCACGUGAGGAACACAUUGAGGAACUUUUCCGAAUAGUCAUGCUACGCUUUGAAGAUUUUUCUGUUAGACAGACAGGAGGACAGAAAGGAGGACAGAUGCCGACCAAAGACAGAUGCACUCUGACAAAGAAGUUCUACUUCUUUCCAGGCAUCUGAGGCAGGAUUCACUGUUGUUUAUCACAGACUUGUUGCCACCUUUCAUAUUCUGCUUGCAAUUGAUGGUACUACUUGGUGAAUAGAUGAAACUUAUGGAUGAAUUACUGAAUGGGCCUACCGGGCACAGGCCUAGGGGACCAAUGAACAGAGAAAAGUGAUGCAAAGAGACGUAAAAAGACGCAAACAGACUGCAAAUAGACGCAAAGCAACUGUAAAGAGACGCAAAAUGACUACAAAGAUACGGCCGCGUUGUUCACAGUCGUUUUGUAUCUCUUCCAGUCUUGGUGUUUUGCCCUUUUGUAGUAGGGGUGGGGGGCUUUACUAUGUCUGUGUCCAGGGGGCCCAUGUCACAUAAUCCUUCCAUGAUGAAAUCUACUAUAAAUA